AUGAUCGAGGACCUGGAACUUGUAGAUCUGCCCCUUAAAGGAGGUCGAUUUACAUUCAGAAGAGGCAAUGGUAGUGGUGGGUUGUCUCAGUCACGCAUCGACAUGUUUUUGAUUAAGCGUAGGGUUGUGGAAUUGCUUUUCCGCCAUUUCAGGUUAGAGAAUAAGUGGUUGAGUAGAGUCGAAUUUUUGCCGCGUGUGCAAGAAUGGUGGAGGACUCAAGCUCCUUUGGGUUCUGCUUCAUCGAAACUGUUUAUGAAUUUGAAGAAUUUACGCAAGCAAAUAAAAAGUUGGUAUGUGGGUGAACGUGCUACUUUUUUUGCAAAGGUCGGUGAAUUAUGUAAGAAGAUUAAUAUUAUCGAUAAAGUGGAAGAGGUUCGUGAGCUUUUGGUUGAAGAGGUUAGCUCUCAUAUUUUCCUAGUUUCUAAUCUUCUGGAAUUGUGUAAGGAAUUAAAGAUUGGGACCAGACAACGGAGCAGGGCUACUUGGCUAAGAUAUAGGGAUAAAAACACAAAGUUCUUUUAUUGUGUCUCGAAGGCGCAAACUAGGAAUAAUGCUAUUAAUUCUAUUUCGGUGGAGGGUGUUGUACAUGAUGGUGAGCCCGCGAUUUCAAAUAGCAUCGUUGAAUUCUAUAAAGAAUUAUUCAAAGAAUCACAUAUGGAUAGACCGAAGCUGGAUGGAGUGAAUUUAAAUACUAUUAAUGCGGAGCAAAAAAGCUUAUUGGAAGCUCGUUUCACGGAGGAAGAAGUGGAGGCAGCAGUUAUGGGUUGUGGAAGCGAUAAGGCACCAAGAAGUGACGGUUUUACUUUGGCAUUAUUCAAAAAGCUUGGCCUUUUCUCAAGAUUGAUAUCAUGGCAGCGAUCGAGCAUUUUUAUCAAUUUUCUUCAUUCGACAAGAGUUGGAAUUCAUCCCUGA